GUGAUUUUAUGAAGAGGCUGCUCACUACUCUUAAUUGGCCAUGAAAAAUUUGAAAGAGAAGUUUGCGUUGGCUCAACACAUCGCUCAUUCUCACGGCAAGUGCUGUAUAUUUCUUAUUUCCCUCUCAGGUAUUUUGAAGCUGUCAGAUGGUUCACCUGCCUCACUACCCUUCACUUUGCUUCCAUCCCCAUUCCCAAAAGCAUCACUGCUGUUCGCCAAAUCCAUUCAGCGAGAUUUUAAUUUGUUAUUUCACAAAGUUGCUUUUGAUUAUCCUUUUCUAAACUCAUUGAUGAGCCAAGUUAUUGAAGUUGAUCCCUACAUCCAACGCUUAUGGAACAUACUACUACUAGUGAACAGCGAGAAAUGCCAACAAAGAAUCGUUCUUGGUUUAAACCGCUCAGACUACAUGCUACAUCAGGAUCGAAACUUGACAGCAGAGCAGACACAUCUCAUCGAGAGCCGUUUGCGUCACACACAAGCAGCGGCCACUUUUCCUGUGGCUGAUAACAAAUCAGAUGAUUUGUCUGGCUUAUCCCUUCAACAAGUCGAAUUCAAUUUGAUGGCUUCCAGCUUUUGUGGUCUGGCUCAGCGAAUGGUGGCAGUGCAUCGUUUGACGUUGUCACUUUUUGACCUGGAUAGCGACCAGCUGCAAAGAGUCCCCGAAUGCAACUCCGCCGACAACUUCGCAGAUGCUAUAGCAAUUGCGCGCCGACUUUACCUAGCGCCUGACAGUGAAUUCCUUCCAGGUGUUGUUCCGGAAUCUUCAUCCUGCCGAUCGGGUGCCGUGCUGAUGAUCGUUCCGCAAAAUGAGUCAAACGUUUAUGACCAGAUGGCAUUACUGUCCUCGUUGCUAACUCGACAUCCACAGAUACCUGUGCUUGUGCGCACUUUCGAUGACCUGGUGCAACACAGUGGACGAUUGAGGCUAGACGAAGAGCUUCGGUUGUUUGUGGAUGAGCAGGAAGUCGCUAUCGUGUACUUUCGGUAUGGCUACACGCCGGAACAUUUUCCCGACGAAGAGAUUUGGGAUGUCAAGUAUCAGCUCGAGCGCUCUAUGGCAAUCAAGUGCCCUUGCAUCCAGUACAUGUUAGCCAAUACGAAGCUGGUUCAGGCCGCUCUGUCGAAACCGGCAAUACUGUCGCGCUUUUUAGACCCGAACAGCGACUCCUUCAAGCGCAUACUCUCUACCUUCGCCAAACAGUAUACGCUGAGCGAUGUGUUCGGGUUAUCGGACACCGAGGAGAUCGACCGCAUCAUCCAGGCUUGCCAGAACGAUCCGCACCGUUAUGUGUUGAAGCCACAGCGAGAGGGUGGUGGGAAUAAUUACUUUGAUGAAGAACUUAUUGAAAGGUUGAGGCAAAUAAUGGCGCGAGGGGAUUCUCGUUCAUACGUAAUUAUGGAACGUUUUUACCCGUACGUCGUUGAGAACUACUUGGUUCAUCCACAGAAGCCGCCGGGGCCCCACCUGAUGGUCAGUGAACUGGGUAUCUUCGGCGCAUUUGUCGCACGCGGUGACACCGUCUACUUAAACGAACAUGCUGGUCACUUGUUAAGAACCAAGCUGGCGGAAUUCACCGAGGGUGGAAUAGCUGCAGGAUACGGCUGCCUGGACUCACCUUUCCUAACAUGACGCUUAGAUCUACGCGCUUUCAUCUGCCACUGGCUCUCAUUGGGAUCGCUGCAAUCACGUCCGAUCUACUACUUCUUGCUGCUCGAGUACUCCUCACAACGCGGAAAAUUUGUGCGCCUUUUAUUCUAAUAUGGAUGACACACAUUUGCCCUUUCCAUCCAUCACAAUUUGUUCACGCAUACAAAACACCUGAUUUACAGCUAUCCUCUUCUGCUCAUGAACAAACCGGUUCCAACAAUAAGCUGUGCCCCAAAACCACAAAUACCGAAAAGGACUACAUGUGUUACCCUAUCCCGAUAGUGAGUGUUAAGGAUUAGGAUAGGGGCUAAUUAAACGUAUGGAGUUCACUACUACUGAG